GCGCGCUCCCGAGACACCAGGAAAUAUGGCGGCGCUCAUGACUCUCAGUCAGUUAUCAAGUGGAAACACAGCCUAUGAAACCUAUUACAGACAGCUGGAUCCAGGAAACACAGGCAAAAUAUCAGCUGGAGAUGCAGCUCAGUUCCUUAAGAAGUCAGGGCUGUCAGACGGUACACUGGGGAAGAUAUGGGAUUUGGCAGAUUCAGAAAGAAAAGGCUACCUGGAUAAGAGGGGUUUCUUCAUAGCCCUGAGACUGGUGGCCUCAGCACAGGGUGGAAAUGACAUCAGCCUUAACAACCUCAACCAAAACUUAGCUGCACCCAAAUUUAAAGACACUAACAGCCCAUUAUUAAGUGUUUCAACAGCAGGGCCUGACUCACAGUGGGCAAUAAGGCCUGAUGAAAAAGGGAAGUUUGAAGGCAUUUUCGAGAGUCUGUCUCCUGUAAAGGGUCUCCUCCCCGGGGAUAAAGUCAGGCCAGUUUUGAUUAACUCCAAGCUACCUCUGGAUGUGUUAGGAAAGAUUUGGGACCUAAGUGAUGUAGAUAAAGAUGGACAUUUGGACAAAGAUGAAUUCACAGUGGCCAUGCAUCUUGUGUAUCGAGCCAUGGAGAAGGAGCCCAUCCCAGCUAGCUUACCUGCUUCCCUCAUCCCCCCAUCUAAAAGGAAGAAAUCUGCUGGUGCGCUGCCAGGUGCCGUGGCUGUGCUGCCUGCUCUGUCAGGGUUUAUGGCUGGCCCGGCUCCUCUCAAAGAUACCUUACGAAGCACUCCUCCUCUGGUCAGCGCUAGUCCCCUCACCACCAGUACGGUCAACCUCUCUCCAAAACACUCCUUCAAAUCCAGCUCACCGCCAGCGGUGAACUGGGUGGUGCCGGUGGCUGACAGAGAGAGAUAUAAUGACAUUUUCAAGCAAACAGACUCCGACAAUGACGGCCUUGUCACUGGCAGCGAGGUGAUAGAGAUCUUCAUGCAGUCCAGUCUCUCCCAGACAAUGUUGGCGCAGAUAUGGGGAUUGGCUGACACUAAACAGACGGGCAAGCUGACCCGGGAGCAGUUCUCUCUGGCCAUGUAUCUUAUUCAGCAGAAGGUCAUCAAAGGUGUAGACCCUCCCUCCGCUCUCACUCCAGACAUGAUUCCUCCCUCAGAAAGGACGGCGACAUCAGUGGCUGGCCCUAGCUAUGUGGGGCUUUUGUCUUCUCUGAGACCUGAACCUGCUGUACUAGCUAAUAUGCGCAGAGACAGCACCAGCUCCACGGGGUCGGCAGAGCUGACAGGCAUCAAAGAGCUGGAUGACCUCAGCCAGGAAAUAGCUCAGCUGCAGAGAGAGAAAUUCAUCCUGGAGCAAGAGAUACGAGAAAAGGAGGAUGCCAUCAGGCAGCAAAACACUGAAGUUCAGGACAUGCAGAAUGACUUGGACAGGGAGAGCAGCAGUCUGCAGGACCUGGAGUCCCAAAAGCAGGAUGCCCAGGAACGUCUGGAGGAGAUGGACCAGCAGCGCUCCAAGCUUGAAGGGAUGCUCAACGACGUCAAGCAGAAGUGCCAGGACGAGUCGCAAAAGAUUUCGUCCCUGCAGAGCCAGAUCCGCUCUCAGGAGACCGACCUCCUGAGCCAGGAGGACGAACUGAGCCGCACCAAGGCAGACCUGAGUCGGCUGCAGGAGGAGGAGGCCCAGCUGGAGCAGAGCCUGCUCUCCGGUCGCGUCCAGCUGGACAGCAUCGUCAAGUCCCUCAAAACCACCCAGGAGGAGAUCAACCAGGCUCGCAGUAAGCUGUCGCUGAUCCAGGACAGCCAACAGGAGCUGACCAAGACCAUUGAGCAGUACAACAGUGCUUUGAGUGACAUCAACGGAGGAAACUUCAGCAACAUGCCCGACCUAAGUGAAGGGUUUGCUGAGAAGCAGAACGGAGGCUUCAGGAGUGCGGACGAUUCUUUCAAGUCAAAGAUAGCCAUGUUUAACAACAGCAGUGCUAAGGAGCCCCCACCUGACCCCUUCCAGACAGAAGACCCCUUCAAGUCUGACCCCUUCAAAGAUCCAUUUGGAGGAGACCCUUUCAAAGAAAGUGAUCCCUUCAAAGGCACCUCAUCUGACGAUUUUUUUAAGAGGACAGACAAGUCAGACAUGUUUGGAUCCUCAGACCCCUUUGGUAGAAAACCCACACUGCCCGCAAAGCCGAGUGCCUUCAGCAGCGGUGACCCCUUCACAUCAAACAGCCCAAAACCGAAGGAUUCAGAUGUGUUUGGGACAGCGGACCCCUUUGGAAGCAACUCUUUUGGAAGCAAGGGGGGUGGAUUUGCUGACUUUAGUCAGAUGUCAAAGAAGUCGGACAACCCUGUGCUCCCAUCAAAGAAAAAUGUGCCUAACCGGCCUGCACCUCCCUACGGAUCUGAACAUGUCAAGUUUGGAAGUGAGAGCCAGCAGCUGGAGUGGGCCAAGCGGGAGAGCGAGCGUGAGGAGCAGGAGAGGCUAAGGAGGCUGCAGCUCCAGGAGCAGCAGGACCUGGAGCUCGCCAUCGCUCUCAGCCGGGCUUACUCGCCCAGCGCCUGACCAGGCAUGCCCCACCACAUCUUUACAGUCCUCCUCGUUUUGCCUCAUAGUCCUCCCGUCCGCAGGCUCAUGACAACAGCACCGACACUGGCCCGAUAUGACUAGCAGCCCCUGUUACCAAUUUGUGUAAGAGACUAGAGUUUCUCCCGCCAUGACUGGACUCGUGUCAAAUGACUCCACAUUUAGCAACCAGUUAAGGUUCAUUGCUCCCAAACUACAUGGCAACUAUAAUCAGGGACAAUACGGAGCCACUUGAAUUUAAGCCUGGCUUCAUCCUGCAAGAACAUAGCGAUUUAACGCAACCCAAACCAGCAGGGUACCCGACUACAACCUAUAUCUAGCUCCAUAUCUUGUUAUGGUUAAUCACCCUGCCUUAACCAAAAGCCAGUUUGUUGCAAACAAAAAAUGUUAAGAAUAUUUUACUGUUUUAUUUGUAUACAAAAGCAAUGAAUCUGUGGUGUAUGAAGUACUUGUAAAAUGCACUGUAUAAACUGUUUUAUAUAACCUUUAAUUACUCCAAAAAAAUUCAUGUUGAAAGUCAAACCAUACGCGUUGACUACCCUGUUAGCCCGUGUUUAGUCAUGUAAUGUAAAUAUUGUUAGAUAACGGUUUUAUGUGCAAACCAUCUUCAAAAAGCAAACCUGUCUUAAAGGACUGGAGUUUAGUUAUCGGCAUGAAAAUGGCACAAUUUCGAUUUUUAUUUCAAAUGUUACAAGUGUUUCCUGCCAUUUAUGAUUGCAUACCUGCUAUUUAUGGCCUUAAAGUACAUGGAUUGAAGAAAUGUUUGAAUAUAAUCAAACCCUCAACAGGGUAUACAUACACGUGUUAAUAUGAAGUUUUGGGAAUCCCUGAUGAGCUUUUUAGUCCUAACAAAGCUUUGGUUGAAUAUGAUUUAGCCCCACAUCACCGGUCGCCUCUUGUAUUUACAAUAAUUAAGAUGCUAGUGAUAAUCAUUGACGUCUUCCUUUCUUAUGAACAAUGUCCAGUCUACCUGGAGCGCUGCUGCACCAUCCCUCUGAUGUCAGCAGCUUGUGUUUGUGUGCGUGUGCACUCCCAUACAACUAAAAGCCUCGAUAAAAUGGAAAAAAGUGUAAAACUACAUUGUUUUUACUGGUGCUGUUACACUUACGCUUUGCCCUUUUUACCUCUUCUGCGACUCUUUUCACAUUAUCGCUGAUGCACACUGACAUCUGCUUCCAGCUUUUCUCUCAAAUCAACCGUCAGAUUUUCUUUUCUGCAUUACUUUUUUUCAGUUCAUUGAUGUCUUAUGAUCCCGUCGGAGGACAUUUGUUUAAAAGCCUUAAAAUAUCGCUUCCUUGUAAUCAUAUAACACUAAUCAGGUUUAUUCGGCACAUAAUGUAUGCACUGUAUAUUCCAGAUCUUACUGGACAUGUACAGAGUGACAACGCCUUAUUUAUCUACAUAUCAACAUUGUAACGUAAUAUUGCACAAUAUGUAUGUGAUUAUAUUAAAAAAAAAAAGUCCUCUGAGUUUUAGGUUGCUCAAAACUGUACCAACUUUUAAUUGAAUAAAAGUGAUUUUUAACAUUC